AUGUCUUAAGAAAAUAAUUAAACUUCUUCUUUUAUCUUUUUGGAACAGAAUCAAAUUCAAGAAGUAAAAUAUCCUGAUUUAAGCACUUAUAUUCCACCUCCAUCAUAUAAUACUUUAAUCUUUUGUGAGAAUAAAGAAGUUGAAAUUUCAUAAAUGAGAUUUCAGUUCUUAUAUAAUUUCUAUAAACUUUAGGCGAAAUCCUUUUUGAUUGUUCUAGUAAUUCAGAUUUUAGGUUUAGAAAAAUGGUUCAUGUAAAUAUCUACUAGAUUCACUGAAGUUAAAUUAAUGGGAUAUUAUUAAAGGUAUGAACAAUUUAAAAUUUUUUCUCCAGGUUCUACAUAUGAUCAAUAUGAAACCUGGAGAUAAGAUCAAUAAUAUAUUAUUACUCAAGUCAGAUGGACAUUAUAUGUAAUUCUUGGGUUAUUGAUCUUAAACACAUUAGCAAUUGUGAUUGGUAGAUUUAAUCAGAACAUUGUAUUCUAUAUUCUAUAACUUUUAGGUUAGAUAUUAAAAAUCGCUUUUCUACUCUUAAGCUGUGCUCAUUGGACUCAGUCUUGUAGGUUAUACAGGAAAAAAUAAAGAUAACUAUUAUGUUCAUAAAGAGUUAUGUAAAGUAAUAAUCAUUACUAAUUCAAUUCUAUUACUUAAUAGUUUCGUGAACUUGUUACUUAUUAAAAUUCGUAAGCUUAACUACUAUAACAUAUUUGCAACUAAUCUAAUAUAUUUGUAGAUUCCCCUUAAUUUUUUUUUGAUUUUAUAGUUUGGUGAGUUUUCAGGCUAAGUAUUGCUUUAUUAAACUUUUGUAAUAUAUGGUUUCUACUAUUUUAAUCAACUCAAUCAUUCCUUAUUAAUUAAUCCAGAAGAUCUUCCAGCUCAUAAAGAUUUUAUAAAAAAAAUUAAAGAAAUUCUUCUUGAUCCUGCAACUACCAAUAAUAUGCCUCAACCUUAAGAAGGUUUAUAAACUAUCUAAUAAUCAAUAAACAUAGAGAGAAGGAGUUUAUCAUUAAUAGGUAUUCUUGUUGUUUAAAUUAUAUUAAUUUGUUUAAUAUGUUUAAUAUGCAUGAUUGGAGACACAAUAUUUGGGAUUCUUCUUUUAAUUUCCAUUAUAUCAUUAUUUAGUUUCUUAUUUGAAACUUAAGUAGCUUCAAAAGUAAUCAUUUGACUUACAUAAUUUUAGUCUUAGGGAUUUGAAGAUAAAUAUAUAGCAGCCAGUAUGGUUUAUAUAGAUAUAUUAAGUCCACUCAAAAACCUUUUAAGAAGCAUUGAAAUUAAAAUUUGAUCAAUUAUAAAU